CGUCCAUCAAAACUGCCGUUCCAACAUGGCUGCGUCCGUUGCGCGGUCAUGCUGUCGAGUUCAUUCACGUGUCGUAUUCAGAAAAACAUCUUAUUUAAAAGCUUCACUCCACUGUUCUCCAUCUAGAAGAAGCGGGCUGCUCUCCUCCCUUUAUAACCGAGGCCUCCUGAAGGAGUCGUUCCCUGAGCGCGCGGCUCAAGCGGAACUCCCGGAUCUGCUCCGCUCCGGUCCGCAGACCGUCUACUGCGGCUUCGACCCGACCGCGGACAGCCUGCACGCCGGGAACCUGCUCGCCGUCGUCGGCCUGCUGCACUUCAGAGCCGCGGGGCACGACAUCAUCGCGCUGCUCGGCGGAGCCACGGCGCAGAUCGGGGAUCCGAGCGGGAGGUCGGCCGAGAGAGAGCGCCUCUCGCCGGCCGCGGUGGAGCAGAACUCCCGCGGGAUUCUGGAGAGCCUCCACCGGAUCUUCGCCCACCACGAGCUGCACUUCUGCCCGGACUCGAGUAGGCUGGGCCGGCUUGCGGUGCUCAAUAACCGCAGCUGGUACAAGGACUGGAGCGUGCUGGAGUUCUUCUCGGAGGUCGGCAGGAGCUUUCGGAUGGGAACGAUGCUCAGCCGCCACAGCGUCCAGUCUCGGCUGAAGGGCUCGGAGGGCAUGAGCUUCACCGAGUUCUCCUACCAGAUCUUCCAGGCGUUUGACUUCUACCGUUUACAUCAGCUGCACGGCUGCAGGAUCCAGCUGGGCGGAACCGAUCAACUGGGGAACAUCACGAGUGGACACGAGCUCAUCCACAGAAAGACGGGAGAGGAGGUGUACGGCCUGACGGUUCCGCUCGUCACCACCUCGAUGGGAGAUAAACUGGGGAAGACGGCUGGCAACGCUGUGUGGCUGAACAGAGACAAAACCUCCCCCUUUGAGUUCUACCAGUACUUCCUCCGCUUGCCAGAUAACAGCGUGGAGCGCUACCUGAAGCUCUUCACCUUCCUGUCUCUGUCUGAGGUGGAGAAGGUGAUGGAGCAGCAGAAGCAGGAUCCGGGCAAACGCAUCGCCCACAAACGCCUGGCCGCUGAAGUCACCAAGCUGGUCCACGGGAAAGAGGGCUUAGAAAGCGCCAAAAGGUGCACCAAUGCUCUGUACCACAGUAAUAUUCAGGCUCUGGAGCAGAUGAGUGACACUGAACUCCAGCAGCUUUUCCGAGAGGCUCCGUUCCACGAGGUUUUCCUGGAUCCAGGAGCGACGGUGCUGGACGCCUGCAGAAGAGCGCAAGCCAUUCCUGACGGCCCGCGCGGGUAUCAGAUGAUCAAGGACGGUGGCGUUUGGAUCAACCACCAGAGGGCAGCAAACCCCGAGCAAGUUCUGGUUCUGGGUCAACACAUCCUCUCUAAUGGACUCAGCCUGAUCCGAGUGGGAAAGAGGAACUUUUACAUCCUAAAGUGGCUUAGUAUGUGAAUUGCCAACUCGGAAAUACGCAUCUUUGCUCCACAGACAAAGCGAACCCCAUCCCAGAGCCUUCAGGAUUUAUAAAAGCAUAUAAAAAUGCAUUUUUGUAUGUGUGCCACUGCGGAAAAUCCCAAAGCUCGCCAGCAGAGCUCUGUUUUGGUUCAGGACAGUAACCUGUGCUCUGUCUGCUUGAACUUAUCAAAGACUUUGAAAUGAUAUGUUGAAUUGAAUUGUGCUGCUGUGUUGAGAAACCCCGUGUGAGUGUCUGUGGAUUAUAUCAAAGACGUGAGAACAGACUUUGCCUGGUUUGUGCCUGUUUUAUUCGGACAAAUUACACGGUUUGAUGUGUGAAUACGAUCUUGAUUUUAAAUCACACUGGAAAACUGGGUUCCGUUCAACUCUUUAAUUAAGCAUUUUUAUGUGAAAUUUUACGGGGGUUUUUUUCCUUUAUUUUUCCCCAGUUCGGCUUCUGAGGCGAAACUGACAUGAGUGUGAAGCAAUAUGAUGGUAUACAUGAAUGAAAUUAAAUAUGAUUUGAUUUAUAUAGUUAAAGUUCAA